AUACCACUAAGAACCACCAAAUCAUAAAAACGCCUCCUUGAACCAACCCUCUCGUCGUGUUCCCAUUUUAACUUGUCUCUUUUCUUCACGUAAAAGCCAUAAAGGAAACAUCUUUGUCAUUCUCCCCCAAUAAUAAUCCUCUAUAAAGCCUCAAUUUUUUCUUGGGUCAAAGAUUUAGUUAACAUCGACGUGUACUCCGACAUCAUUAAAAUCGACGUUUGGUGGGUUUCUUCUCAUUCCUUGGUUUCGUCGCCAUAGCCUUUUCGAAUUAGAACAGGAAUUUCUUGAAAUGGCUACUACGACGACUAUGUCUCAUCAAGCGAUCGGGUCUAUUGUCUCUCAUAGACCAUUUAAAGCUUCUCAGUUUCUGAAGGAGCCUUUGAAUGUUCCAAUGAAAUUCAGACCAAAAAGAUUCAAGAUUGAAGCAACUGCGUCUCAGAUUUCUGUCGUUGACAACACUUUCUUGUCUCCUACCAAGAACAGACCUCAAGUAUCCAAAAAGAAAUCAAAUGAAGCAGCUUUGAUAUUGAUUAGGCAUGGAGAGUCGUUAUGGAAUGAGAAGAAUUUGUUUACGGGUUGUGUUGAUGUGCCAUUGACUCAGAAAGGUGUGGGAGAAGCUAUUGAAGCUGGGAAGAAGAUUAGUAACAUACCUGUAGAUUUGAUCUUCACAUCAUCUUUAAUCCGUGCUCAGAUGACCGCAAUGCUUGCCAUGACUCAGCAUCGUCGCAAGAAGGUUCCAAUCAUCUUGCACAAUGAGAGUGUAAAGGCGAAAACUUGGAGUCAUGUGUUCAGUGAAGAAACUAGAAAACAAUCUAUCCCGGUUAUAGCGGCUUGGCAGCUGAAUGAGAGAAUGUAUGGAGAAUUGCAGGGUUUGAACAAGAAAGAAACAGCCGAAAGAUAUGGGACACAACAAGUUCACGAAUGGCGUAGGAGUUACGAAAUUCCUCCCCCGAAAGGCGAGAGCUUGGAGAUGUGCGCUGAGAGAGCAGUGGCUUAUUUUGAAGACAAUAUCAAACCAGAGCUUGCAUCUGGAAACAAUGUAAUGAUUGCUGCUCACGGGAACUCAUUGCGAUCUAUCAUUAUGUAUCUGGACGAUUUAACUUCUCAGGAGGUUACAACUCUAGACUUAUCCACGGGUGUACCAUUGCUCUACAUCUUCAAAGAAGGCAAGUUCAUGAAACGAGGCAGCCCGGUCGGUCCUACUGAAGCUGGUGUCUAUGCUUAUACAAAGAGAUUGGCACAAUACAGAGAGAAGCUUGAUGCGGCGAGUCAGGCGACCCUUGACUAAUAAUGUCUUUCGGAAAUAAACCAGAAAAAUCAGUUACUUUUUUUUUGUUAUUUUUUUUUGUUUUUCGCUUAGCUCUUAUGUAGUGACAUAACAAUCAAGAACAGUUUAAAUAUGUAUUAGAUACACAAAUCACAUUCUUUCAUGUUA